AUGGCAUUCACGACUCCGACGAAAACCCCCACGAAGCGGCCGGCGUUCGCAGCUGAGGCUGGGGUGGGCAAGCCUCGGCCUACCGGUGCUUCCCCUGCAUACAGCUCGAGGAGGCAUUCACUCUAUGGCAUCGAAGACCGUGUAGUCCUCGACCUCGGCUCCCGUACAUGGAAAGUCGGUUUUUCUGGAGAACCAGAUCCACGAGCUGUGUUCUUUGCACGCGGAUCAUCUAUAAGAGACCAGUCAUCUGAGGCGUGGGACUUGGACCUCGACUCUGUGAAUGCUAUCAGAGGGAGCAGGUCUGAAGGGGAUAGAUUGAUCGGGAUCAGGAUUGUAGAAAGGUUGAGAGAAAUCUUUGCAAAGCAUCUUCUUGCGGACUCAAAACAACGCAAGGUGAUUGUAGCAGAAAACACGUUCCUCCCGACAUACCUCAAAGAACACAUCGCCCGUACAUUGUUUGACAACCUCCGAGUACCCUCUGUCGCUUUCACACCAUCAAGUCUAUUAGCUCUGGGAUCUUGCGGUAGGAUAACAGGCCUUGUCGUUGACGUUGGGUGGCUAGAGACCAGUAUCACUUCAGUGUACAACUCCCGACCCCUUUUCUCCCUUUCACGAUCUACUCCUUUGGCUGGCAGAAAGCUACACACCAGGGUCAGGUCUCUACUCCACAUUUAUGGAUCUUAUAUUGCGCCCCCAAAAUCGCUGGGAGAUUUGUCCAGGGAUCGUAGCGAGGGAGUGCCCCUGGUUCUGUUGGAUGAUGCGUUUGUGGAGAAGGUUGUGACCGAGGGCCUGUUUGUCGGAGGCGUCUUUGUUGAGCCAGAAGAUAACGAUGACGCGGAAAUGAAGGAUCCGGGCGACAUAGACGAAGCAAAGAGUGAGAAUCUGGAAGAUUUACAUCUUGUCAGGUCUCUCAAAGGCAGGUAUCAGCCGUCCUCUUCAGCCAAAGAUAUGACGUUUUCUGUGCGCCCCCCGACGGGCGUGACCACGAUGGGAUAUGGUACCAUUAUGGUACCUGGGUGGGUGCGCGAGAGGGCUGCAGAGGUGUUGUUUGAAGAUGACGAGUCUGAUGAAGCGGAAGCCCUGCCGCAUGCUAUCCUCAGCUCGAUCCUCAAGCUCCCUGUGGACCUUCGGCCAGAGCUCAUAUCGACUAUCCUUCUUGUCGGCGGCACAUCUUCCCUUCCCAACUUUAUUCCUCGUCUUCGCAUAAGUCUUCUUCAAAACCUGUUACCAGCGCCUUCACUCUCGUCAGACGAGCCCCCGCCACCUCCAUCGCCUAUUGGCACAUUGGCUCGUAAACUCGAGGACGCAAAGUUAUGGCGCCACAGGAAAUCCCAGCCUUACCAAGAGAUCUAUGGAUUAUUCGACAAGGUGGCCAUCCUGAAUGACCCCGCGCCCGUCGACGGGGCAGGGAAUGGAAAGGGGGGUAGAGCACCGAGAUGGGUUCCGAGCUUGAUGACUUGGGUAGGCGGUAGUCUUGCAGGCUCCUUGCGCACAGGCGGCCCCGAAAUGACCCGCGAGACAUACGAUACUCUGCUUUCCACAUCUCUCGCCAGAGGCGAAGUGUAUAGAGAAGAGCUGGAAGAGGCUUAUGCUAGCGUUGCAGCUAGUGUAGGGGCGAGCGUGGAAGACCUAAGGGUGGGCGAGGCGGUCAAGGACGCUAGGGGGCUAGGGAGAAGAAGAGGCUGGAGAUAUGGCAAAGGUGUCAUCGAAGAUUGGAGUCAGACGGUCAAGGUCUGA